ACCAUGAACUCAUUACAAUCUGCUUCCAUAUCUCUCCUUUCUUUUUUUUCUCCCAUCUGGCCUUUCUUCCUGGGUGGUUUCCCAUUCUGAAGCCCAGCUGCUUCCCAUUCCCUUUACCCUCGGUCUCUCAUGCCAUAUCUAAGCAGCUAUAUUCUUUGUCUUUUUCAGUCCCACCUUAGCUCCUGUUCUCAUACUCCUCUCAAACCACCCAGAUCUCUUUAAAGAGUUCUCAUUGGGCCUGUGGAGCCAGUGUUUUUUGCAGACUUCUCAGCACUUGCUCUAGAAGCCAUGCAGAGAGCUCAGCAGCUCUGGAAUGCAGGCAGUGGCCUUUGCAACAGAUGUCAAGUUUGUGCCAGAACUGCCAUAGUGACCAUGGAAUGGAUUUUCAAUGUGAACAAAUGGAAAAUUAUCCUCUUGCUGCUAGGUCAGGCAGCCCGAAACAUGGUACUACAGGAAGAUGCCAUCUUGCACUCAGAAGACAGUUUAAGGAAAAUGGCAAUAAUAACAACACAUCUUCAGUACCAGCAAGAAGCUAUUCAGAAGAAUGUUGAGCAGUCCUCGGAUCUACAGGACCAGUUGAAUCAUCUGUUGAAAUAGAAUGGCUUAUUGGAGGCAAAAGCACUUCUUUUCCUAGUUCUGAGGAGGAAAUACCUUACAAAACUGUGGCACUAUGGGUUUGAGUCCCAUCUUCUUCUGCAAAGGUUAAGUUAGAAAAAAUUUGUGGUGAUGUAGUUUUUCCUGAAAAGAAGUCAGGUGGUUGAAUUUGGGAACCACUUUUUGAAUUGGACUAACCCAUGCUUUUAUUGAAUUUUUAAGUUGUCUUUUGGUUUGAUAUUAAAGCAAAUUUAAAAAUGUCUUUGUUUUUCCAAUAGAACUUUAAUAUGUCAAAAGUGGCAGCACUCCAUCUGCCCACCUGUAACUAUGCAGGUGCUUCUUUUCACCAACUCUCCCUCUGCAGGGCAGCAACUUUCUGGCUGCCCAUGACCUAUACCAUGCAGGGACUUCUCUUCACUGACCUCCUUCAGUGGAGGCUGCUCUCCUCAAGGCCACCCGCCUGCAACCAUGCAGAACUCUCUUAGCAAACCUGUCCCUUCGGGGCAGCUCUUCCUGCCCGCUUGUGUCUGUGCAAGUGUCUUUUACUAUCCUAUCCCUUUUCUAAUAAACCUGCUCUUUAAAUAUAAAAAAAAAAAGUCAAAAGCCAUACUGUCUAAAUGUUAUCCUUAAGUAAAUACUGACAUUUUAAAUUCAGAAAUAGAACUUUUUUUUGUGAACACAUAAGAAUGAUUAAUAUUCAUUUUAAAGACUUUUUUCCUUUGAUCAUAUAUUCAGGAAGUACUUUAAUUUCAUGGCCACAAAAUGUUUUCUUUUCUGAAAACUCAGAGGAAGGGAUACUUAUUUUAUAUCUUGUGGUGAAUUUCUAAGGGCAAACGAAGCAGAUGGUAUCAUAUGUGCAGUGCAGUCUCCUACCUUGACCUGCAUUCCUUGUUUGUUAUUGUGAGUCUUGAUUAAGUGGCCUUGGGUUUAUUUUGUAAUUUUGCUAGUUGCCAGCAAAUUCACUUGUAUGACAUUAUUGUCAAAUGCCAAGGCAGUUGGAAUUACUAAGUGAUUGCAAUGUAGGGUUAUGAAAACGUUACGUUUGCAGACAUUUACCAAUGUUCAUCGAGUUCAUCUUGUUAAAUGGCAUUAACAUUGUCUGUGGUCGGGUCUAAAAGUCUUUACUUUGUUUUAAUUUAAAAUGGGAUUCAAUCCUGUUCUGGUUUAAUUCUUAAUUUACUAAGAAGUUGAGAGAAAAUGGAUAUAAGAAAGUGGUAUUUUCAUAAGUACUUGAUUUAUAUUGUAUAUAAUCAAAUUGACCAAUCAUAUCACAUUGCAUUUAUCCUUCAUUAUGCAUAAUGCACAUUAACUUAAGGUAAAGAAGAAAACUAGACAUGUUUACUUACUCUGUAAACAUUAUUUUAAUUAUUAAAUGUAAAUGGGCUCAACUUACCUUUAAACAGAAGGGUUGCAGAUGACAGCAAAUAUUAUAUUGAGUAAAUCAUUUGAAACAUUACCUAAGGAUCAUGGUGUCUGUUCCACAUUUUUGCUGUUGACCAUACCUGGUGCACAAAUUAUGUAUAAUUAGCAAUGAAGAGACAAAAUUUGUUCCCCCCCAAAAAUAAAAAGGUCACCAAUUUAGAAUGCAAAAGUCAUUCUAUUUAAGUAUAUCAGAAGCAAAGAAAUAAAGGUAAGUGUGCUUUCUUCAUCAUGUUGAAACAAAUUAAAGAAGCAGUGACUGCUUAUACUUGAUUGUAACUGAUAAAAUAUCUUUUACAAUUAAAAUUUUAAUGGUAAAUAAAAUUUACAUUAGAUAAUGAAAACUAGUAUUAUUGAAUUCAGUCAUUUUUAAGAACAUGCCAAAAUACACAAAAAAAGUAGCCAGAAUUGUGGGAACAAGCAAAAAUGUAUACAUAAUUGAUAGUUAGUUUUUGGUAGAAAUAAACAGGCUAUCUAAAAUUAAACUAUUAAGCACAAAAACAAAAAUGGCUUUUUAAAAUACCAUUUGGAUUGUAGACUAUACCGUUGGAGGAUAAUAUUAUUAAAAUAGUUACAGUUUAUUACGUGCAAGGAAAUUUGUGUUAUCAAAGCUGUGCUAUAAAGAAAAAAUCAUUCUUUAUAUCUCUGUUAGCAAUAAAAAAUUUUAAGGGGUUGUGGUUAGAAUUUAGAGAGAAAACAGAAGAAAUAAAAAUGGAAGAAAACCAAGCAUAAAUGACAAGAACUAGAAAAAUAUAUAAAUAUAUGACAUAGGGCCUCCCUGGUGGCACAGCGAUUGAGCGCUGGGUUGCAAAGCUGCCCACGGCCUAUGCGGCGACGGUUCGUUCCCGGCUGCUCCCCAGCCACUGGAGGAGGGUCCCACAUGGCGCGCAGA